AUGUCCCAAACCACCUCUCCCUCAAUCAUCUCCUCUUUCCUACGCUGGCUCCGGCUGAAAAACUACCAAUAUGAAGUCACCGUCGCCCUGUACAUGCUUACCCCGACAGAGAAAUUCAUCUUCAAUACCCUCCUCCUCCUCAUAACCUCCAUGCUCCUCACAGCCGCCUACGUCUACCUUCCCAACCACGUCGCAACCAUCAGCAAGCGCAUCUGGUACUACUGGGCCGGAGACACCUUCACAGACCCCCCCUUCGCAAACGUCACUGCCGCUGUCACCGCCGCUGUUGCCUCCACAACUGGCAAAUCUGUCCUGUCCGCUACGCAGCAGAAGGGGUAUGACGGGUUAAUGGAGACUGCGAAAAAUGUGGCAAGGGCUGCGACGGCAGCGGCGGGGAGGGCGGUGGGGGAGCUGUGA